AUGUGGUGGCCGUCGUCGCUGCUGUACCCGCCGCCGGCGUCGGCCUUCGUGACGGCCAUGUCGGUGGUGUCGUUCGCGUCGCUGGCGUCCGCGGGCCUCUCGGAGCUCCGCGGCCAGCACAUGGCCUACUCCAAGUUCUGGCACGUCGUGUCUGGACAGCAGCAGAAGAAGGGAGGCACCGGUGGCGCGCAGCUUCCGGGCCGUGACGGGAUGCUGGUGGCCUACGCGCCGGCUCUAGUCGCCGCCGCCGCGUCCUUCGUCGUCCCGGGUGCCGUGGAAGGGCUGCGCGCGGAGCUCCUCGCCGCCGCGCUCGCCGUCCACUUCCUCAAGCGUGUCCUCGAGGUACUCUUCAUCCACCGGUACAGUGGAAACAUGCCACUCAACACCGCGCUCACCAUCUCCUCCAGCUACCUGCUCAGCGCCAUCACCAUGAUCUACGCGCAGCACCUCGCCGUCGAACUACCUGACCCUUCAACCAACCUCCUCUACCCAGGUGUGCUCCUCUUUGCCGUUGGCAUCGCCGGCAACUUCUACCACCACUACCUCCUCUCGCAACUCAGGAAGGGAGGUGACGAUGAUAAAGGGUACAAGAUCCCCAAAGGAGGGCUCUUCGAGUUCGUCACCUGCCCGCACUACCUCUUCGAGAUCACCGGAUUCUUCGGGUUCGCGAUGAUCUCGCAGACGGUUUAUGCGCUCGCCAUGGCCUCCGGCACGGCAGCCUACCUCGUCGGCCGAAGCUUCGCCACCCGGAGAUGGUACGAAUCCAAGUUCGAGGAGUUCCCAGCGAGCAUCAAGGCUCUGGUGCCCUAUAUCUUGUAG